GCUGCACAUGCGAAGAUCCAGAAAAUUCAGGAUGAGCGAGAGAUGGAGCGCCACGUGCGCGACAAGUUGCGCUUCCGCCUGGAGAAGGUUCGCGGCGGCAAGAAGGACCCAGGUGCGGACUGCAUCCUGCCGGACGACUGGCAAGCCGACAGAAAGGCCUAG